UCCACUCCAAAAUGAUAAACCAACUUAACGUCAUACGGGACAUCAACCACGCCGCUUAUCAUGAUUUGACUCACUGAUCAUGAGGUGAAAUUCGACGAGCUACCUUCCAGACCCAUUGUGAAUCACAGGACUAACUGCUCUUCAGCUACAAUAUAUGCUUCUUUCCCAAGCCUCAAAAUCUCCCAGCAGCAGCAGGACAUCUUCACCAAUUCAAUCUUCUUUCCCAAGUCCUCAGAUCACCCAACAGCAGGACAUCUCCAAAAUGGCAGACAACAAACCCACCUUCCACCACAUGGACAACUCCCAAUCCCAACGCAUCCUCUGGCUCCUCGAAGAGCUCUCCAUCCCCUACAACCUAGUCUCCCACCUCCGAAACCCCCAAACACACCCCAAAGGCCCAUUCCUCUCCCCCGACACCCUCAAAGCCACCGGCCCCUACGGCAAAGCACCCGUCCUCUUCACCGGCGCCGCAGACGGGAACCGCUAUAUUACCGAAACCCAAGCCAUUGCUACGUAUCUACUCCGCACAUACGACACCGAAGACAAAUUUGGGUUGAAGAACGGGGACUGGGUUCGGGAUGAGAUGCUGUGCUCGUACAUCCAAACCACUCUCCAAAGGACAUCCACGUUUAUGCUCAUGCUAGACUUCGGGCUUGUUCGCAACGGGGCACCAGAGAUGGGACCCGCGGGGAAGCGGUUUGACGGGCCAGCAAUGCGGGAUGCGUUGAAGGAUCUAGAACGGGAGCUUAAAGAGGGUCCUGAGGGUGGAUUUUUGAUGGGCAGAUUUCCUGGGAGAGCGGAUAUUAUCUUGGAGUUCCCGAUGAGUAUGAUCAAGCAGCGCAAUUGGGUGGAUUUGAAGAAUGAGUUCCCGGCUCUUGAUGCUUGGUUAGGAAGGGUUUAUGAGAGGCCUGCGUGGAAGAGGGGCAUUGAGAAGGGGAAUGGGUAUGAUUUGACUGUGUUCCCUCAAAGACCGCACUUGUGAUGCGUGCCAUCACCUGGAUAAGGAGGAUAGUUGAAAGUUGAGCUUUAUUGGUAUAAGCAUGGGUCUCCUGACGAGAAGCAGAAGGACGAAUCUCCGCACUGGUUAUCUCCACUACUUCUAUCUUGCCCGGACUUACGAUGCUGGAGACUGUCAUUCAUGGCAGGUUAGCCGGUGUUGGAAUAAAUAUUGUACAUAUAUAUAAAUCACAAAUCCCAAUUCACAUG